CUUUACAAAUACCCAACGAAUAAGCACCAAAGCGUAGCACGAAAUGGGUCUCAAGUUCAGCUUCGUAAGCAUCGCCGACGCGCUAAACCGCCUCUCCUUCACCGCCGCCGGGCUUCGCCGUGACACCAUCGCCGUCGACUCCUCCACCACCAUCCGCUGCUGGUUCCCCCCUUCUUUCUCCAAACCCCCCCUCCUCCUACUCCACGGCUUCGGCACCUCCGCCACGUGGCAGUGGCGGCCUCAAAUUGCGGCGCUCGCCACCCACUUCGACCUCAUAGUUCCGGACCUCAUCUUCUUUGGCGGCUCCACUACCCUCUCGCCGGAGCGAUCGGAAAAGUUUCAGGCGGAGGCAAUGGUGGCUCUUUUGGGGAAAUUGGGGAUCUCCGGCGAGGUGGUGGGUGUCGUGGGGACCAGUUAUGGAGGCUUUGUGGCGUACCACGUGGCGAAGAUGUUGGGGGAGGCGUGGGUGGGAAAGGUGGUGAUUGCCAGCUCGGAUUUAGGAAAGACGGAGGAAGAUGAUUUGGCGAUGACGCAGAGGGCUGGUGGGGUCCACACCGUCGAGGAUAUUUUGCUGCCGAGCUCAGCGGCCGGCCUCCGGCUGGUUUUAAGGCUGGCGUUCCACCGGCCGCCGUCGUUCUUGCCGAACUUUGUUCUCAGGGAUGCGCUCAGGAAACUUUUCAAUGAUAACUUGGCAGAAAAGAAAGAGCUUCUCAGGGGAAUUACGCUGGGAAACAAAGAUUUGUUCCAGCUGACACCUCUCCCUCAGGAUAUUUUAAUUAUAUGGGGUGAGCAUGACCGAUUUUUUCCAUUGAACAAGGCAUAUGAGGUUAAGAAGAAACUGGGUGAAAAUGCAAAGCUGGAAGUGAUGAAGAAUACAGGGCAUGUGCCUCAACUGGAAGAUCCAAAUCAGUUCAAUAAACUCCUGCUUAGUUUCUUGCUAGCAGAAGAUGAAAAAUAAUAAUUAUAAUUAUAUAAUAAUAGUAAUAAUGAUGAUGUUAAUAACAAUAAUAAUAAUGUAAUGAUAGUAAUAAUGCAUGCUGGUCUUCACUGCUCUGUUGGGGUGGGGGUGAGGUACUACUGAAUAGUUUUCACGUUCCACCAUUGCUGUAAUUUGUGUAUUCAUGUAUAAUAAAGCAUAUCCCUAGGU